CCCUUGACUCUCUCCCAUGCCGCCGCUGCCCAGCGCAGCCUCCGCACGCCUACCGGUCUGAGGGUGCCCACCCCGGAACAAUGCCACUGGUCAAGAGGAACAUUGAACCCCGGCAUCUGUGCCGCGGGGCGUUGCCCAAUGGAGUCACCAGCGAGCUGGAGUGUGUCACCAACAGCACCCUGGCUGCCAUUAUCAAGCAGCUGGGGAGUCUCAGCCGACACGCGGAGGACAUCUUCGGGGAGCUCUUCAACGAGGCCAACAGCUUCUACCUGCGGAUGAGCUCCCUGCAAGAGCGGGUGGAUCUUCUGGUGUUCAAGGUCACCCAGCUGGACUCCACCGUGGAAGAAGUGUCUCUGCAGGACAUCAACAUGAGGAAGGCCUUCCGAAGUGCCACGAUCCAGAAUCAGCAGGUGGUGUCCCGCGGCUCCAUCCCCAAUCCGGUGAUGGAGAUGUACCAACGCUGCGACAAACCCCCGCCACUCAACAUCCUCACUGCCUACAGAGAUGACAAGAAAGAUGGCCUCAAAUUCUACACUGAUCCUUCAUACUUCUUCAACCUGUGGAAGGAGAAGAUGCUCCAGGCCACCGAGGACAAGAGGAAGGAGAAACGGAGGCAGAAGGAGCAGCGGCUGGUGGAGGACACGACGCGGGAGGUCAAAAAGGUGCGGAAGGCUCGGAACCGGCGCCUGGAGUGGAACAUGAUGGCCUAUGACAAGGAGUUCCGGCCGGAGAGCAGGUUCUCGCCGUCGCCGUAUCACGUGGCCUCGUCCGAAGGCUCGCUGUCCCCCGACAAUAGGUCCUACGCGUCCGACGUCGGCGACCGCUCCUACCCGGCCAGUCCCAACCACCCCACCCAGCAGACGCCGGGGCCCACCCCCAGCCUGCCCGCGGACAGCAAAGAGAUGGCCCCAGCCCCCCAUCCGCCCCCAGAGCUGGCGUUCCGGCCCCCGGGCAGCCGACAGAACAGCCUGAGCAGAGCCCAGCAGCCCCCAGAGGCCGUCCUCAACGGACCCCGGCCACAGCUGGUCAAGGAGUAUGGACCCCAGCCAAUGCCCAUGGCGGAGUUUGCCGUCCCUCCGGCCCCUCCGCCCCCGCCUCCGGUCAUCCCCUCUGCCCAGACGGCCUUCGACAGCCACAUAGCGGCCCCGCCCACCCUGGCCCCCGGCUCCCAGGCCAUCCUGGCCCAUCCAGCCUAUGCCCCCUCCCCGCCUCCGGCUCCGCCCUGCCCGUACUCCACCUCUCCCCCCCAGACUGGCCCCGUCGGACCCCCCGCCGCUCCCCCACCGCCCCCUCCCGGGCCCCCAGCGGUCCCCGGCCCCACCCCCGCCGCCCUGCCGGCUGACCUGCGGAAACCUCCGAUCCCGUUGAUCCCAAUGAGCGAUGCCCGGAGCGACCUCCUUGCCGCCAUUCGGAGGGGCAUUCAGCUGCGGAAGGUGCAGGAGCAGUGGGAGCAGGAGGCCAAGAAGGAGCCCGUGGGGAACGACGUGGCCACCAUCCUGUCCCGCCGCAUCGCCGUGGAGUACAGCGAGUCCGACGACGACUCCGAGCUGGACGAGAACGAGUGGUCGGACUAAGGAAGCCCAGGGCCGGUGCCGAGGGUUUGAUCGUGUCGUCCCCGCCCCACUCCGUCCCUGCCCCGCCUCCCCCGCCUCCCUCCUGCACGCCCCCUGCCCCGUCCUGCCCUGCCCCAGGAAUUCAUGCCAUCUCCCAGCUGUAGGAGCCGGAAGCCAGGAGUGUGGUCGUCCCACUGGAUCCGGCUGGUAUAGUCCAGGAAAUACACUUGGGAGGCGGGAAGUGGGUGCCUCAGUAUCUCCCCCCCUCCUCGCCCCCCUCUCUCUCAAGUUGCCACGGUCUUCUCUUUCCAUUUAGCCACAGCCACCGUUCUCCAUCCGCUGGAGAACGGGAGGACACGGCUGCAGUGAGAGAUUUAGGGAAGGCUUGGGGCCCGGGAGAGAUAGAGGCUCAACUCGGGGAAGGAAGGGGACAUAGAGGAACCUCUCCUGCUUUGGAGGUUUGGAGAUUUGUAUCUCAUCAGGUUGGGCUAGAGAAAGGCAGAGGGAUGGACUGGAUGAUGACCUUGAGAGGCCUUUUGGACUAGGAGGGUCUAGGAUUCUACGGCCAGAGGCUCCGAGGAGCGGCACUGGGGCCUGCUGAGGGGGGAGGCUGGGAUCUGAACGGAAGGAGUUUCCUUUCACCAUAUCCUUGUCGUGAGCAAGACCGUACCCAGGGAAGCGUCUCUCAUUGCAAAAGGGGCGUCCUUUGGCCUGCAGUCGGGGCCCACUAGAGGGGGAAUUUUGGGAGGACGUAAAGGCUUUGCCUUGGCCUGGAUGGCUGUGGUUCGUGUUCCAUAUUUGGGGCAUCUGACACGCCAACGAGCCCGGCUAGUUGGGGGAGCAGAUGGGGCUUCGGCUCUGGGAACCGGCGACCCCCCGGAGCCCCGCCGUGCUCCACACUUCCAAAGCUCCGGUCUGGGGCCGAGGAGAUCCUCUAGGGGAACUAGGCCCACAGUCGCCCCCGCACUUCCAAGGCUCCCCAAACCCACUCAGCAACUCUGGGUGCGUUCAAGUCAGGGAAAACACUCCCUCCAGCAAGGCUGGUUGGAAGUCGCCCAAGGCCGCCCCGCGACCUGCCUCGGAAGGUUGUCAAGCCGCCCUCGUGGCUAAGGGUGAGGCCUUUGGGGGUGGCUCCAGGGGGGAGCUGGGCUCCCCUCCUCCUGGGUCUUCUUGAUGUGCCUACGCGCCUCGCAGAGCCCUUCGGGGCUGGCCCUCUCCAGCCUCAAAGUUCUUCGGUGCAGGAGCCCGGAGGGAUUGAGCAAGCAGAGGCCCCACACCACUCUUCCCUCGGGGAGGGAGAAUCCAGACCCUCAGAAAGGGAUCUGUUGGGAGAGUCCAGAGGCGGGACGGUGGCCCCCGGCCUUCUCUUUCUGAGCGUUGCCUCAUCACCUUCCACCACCAUUUUAGUAUUUCAUGAAGCACUUUACCGCCUUCGUCUUCGUGACCCCACCAAGCCCUCCUCACCCCAAGCCUGGAGAGAGGAGCCGGCGGGGCGGCCGCAUUCCGUCCAGGGGGAGGCUGAGGCCCAGAGAGGGCAAAAGGUGUACUCCGGGUCACACAGCGAGUCGGGGUGGAAGGAGAGGAGCUGGAGCCGCCUCUCUGGAUUCCCCAUGCAGCCAGGGUCCUCCCCUCCAGCAGGGCCCUUCCCCACUCAGUGAGAUGGCAGGGGAUGGGGGAGGGGGCGAGCCAACUGUUCUGUCCGAGGCUGAAAGUCUGGGGGGUGCAGCCCCCUGAACUGGGCUCUGAGCGGAGGGACCGAGGAAUGACAUACUGUCUCGGCCCUCAAAGACCGAUGGAAACGACACGGCCUAGUGGAAAGACCCCGGGCCUAGGAGUGGGGAGACCUGGGUUCUAAUCCCGCUCCGCCACUUGCUUGC